AUGACUGACCAGGCAACCUCUUACAGUAUCGUGGGAACCGCAUCUGGGUUCCUUGGUGAUGUUCAGCAAGCAAAGGACAAUCAUGUUCGUGAGCUGAAUAUUCGUUUGAAGAAUUUAGGACCUGAUCAUGUUGACGUGGCAGCGUCUUACAGUGACUUGGGAACCGUAUGUAGUGCCCUUGGUGAAUUUCAGCUAGCAAAGGAGUAUCAUAGUCAAGCGCUGGAUAUUCGUUUGAAGAAUCUAGGAUCUGAGCAUGUUGACGUGGCAACUUCUUUCAGUGGCUUGGGGACCGUUUGUGGUGCCCUUGGUGAAUUUCAGCGAGCAAAGGACUAUCACGGUCGUGCGCUGAAUAUUUGUUGGAAGAAACUAGGACCUGAGCAUGUUGACGUGGCAGCUUCCUACAGUGGCUUGGGGACCGUAUUUUGUGCCCUUGGUGAAUUUCAGCAAGCAAAGAACUAUCAUGGUCGUGCGCUGGAUAUUCGUUUAAAGAAUUUAGGACCUGAACAUGUUGACGUGGCAGCUUCUUACAGUGGCUUAGGGACCGUAUGUGGUGCCCUUGGUGAAUUGCAGCAAGCAAAGGACUAUCAUGGUCGUGCGCUAGAUAUUCGUUUGAAGAAUUUAGGACCCAAGCAUGUUGGCGUGGCAGCUUCUUACAGUGCUCUGGGGACCGUAUUUUGUGCCCCUGGUGAAUUUCAGCAAGCAAAGGACUAUCAUGAUCGUGCGCUGGAUAUUCGUUUGAAGAAUUUAGGACCUGAGCAUGUUUACGUGGCAGCUUCUUACAGUGCUCUGGGGACCGUAACUCAUGCCCUUGGUGAAUUUCAGCAAGCAAAGGACUAUCAUGGUCGUGCGCUGGAUAUUCGUUUGAAGAAUUUAGGACCUGAGCACGAUUUCGUGGCACUUUCUUACAGUGACUUGGGGACAGUUUGUAGUUCCCUUGGAGAUCUUGUGCAAGCAAAGGAUAACUUUGAGCGUGCGCGUAACAUUUUCGUGAAGAGGUCAGGACCUCAAAAUAUAUACGUGGCAAUGUUUUGCAGAAACCUGGCCGCCAUCUGUGAUGUCAUUGGUACCCCUAAGCAGGCAAAGCAUUGGAAUGAACGAGCGCAAACCAUUCUUUCCAAAAAUAAUAGAUCUGAAAGAGCUGAUGUCUCUUCUUUGAGCAAGUUCCAAACUGAGCACUCAGUCCCGCCCUAUAUUAUGGCCAGAGGACCCACCGCGAAGGCCGCUUACCAGAGAGCUCUUGAAACAGGAAAGACAUUCGAUAAACGGGCUAAAAUCUUGUUGAUUGGCCAAGACCGCGUUGGCAAAACUAGUGUCGCACGUUCUUUGAAAGGUGAACUAUUUCGACAAGAUGAAUCUAGCACAGUGGGGGUGCAAAUAGACAUGCCUCUGAAACAUGUUGGUGAAAAACCAUGGAAGAAUUCCAAAGAGGAACAAGAAAAAAGUACCUUCCAUCACAAAUGUGCUCUAAAUAUUAGUAAGCUGUUACUAACUGAACCACCAAACCACCAACCACCAAACCAAAUUUACGUGGACAGCGAAGUUGCGAAGGAAAGAGAGACUUGUGAGACACAGAGAACGGAGGAGGUGAUCAGCGAAAUAGGAUCAAACCAGGGUAUGUACCUCAAUACAAAAUGUUGAUUUGGUUUCUGUGCUGUUGAAAAACUUUCCAUCAGCAAAUCACGAAGGUUGCACGUUACAUUACCUUUUACAAGUUGCUACCUAAGACUGGAAGGGGACGUGGUAGGACAUAGUUUGUUAUUGGAGUUCUAACAUUAAACACCUCGCUGUGACUGAUGAUUUCCAUACAAGUAUUGACGAUUUUUUAAAUGGGUUUUUACGUCGUCAUUUAACCAGUUUUCUCGGCAGGUCCGCAACACAUCUUUGUUGACAGCUUAUCGAGUGAUACCAUCAACAGCUUGAAAUGAAUUUCACUCAUGUAGAUAUGCUUCUAGAGCAUUGUAUGGUUACAUCAUGUUAUUUGUAAAUCAGUAUGCAUGGCUAAGCUCACGACUUUAUCGUAACAAGGAAAACAACAGAACUUUACGGAAUUUUCUUGAGUGUUUCUAUUACUUUACUCGACACGCAAUAUUAGAAUCUUACGUUUUUAAACUUUAAAAACAAGCUGUCAAAGUAACGCAAAAAACAAAAAAGAAAAAAAAAAAAAAAAAAAACAGCAACGACAACUAAAGCAAAAAAGCGAAAUAUUACUGGGUUAAAUGAAGUUAAUCAAAACUAAAUUUUUUUUUUCAGAAUUCUUCAAUGAGGUUGAACCGAAGAGCUUGCCAAAGGUUUUCAACGCAUUUUAUUGUUUAUUUAUAUUUAAAGGUGAUAUUAAAGUAAUUUAUUUAUGGCCAACUUCCAUUCCAAAUUUGCAAAUUGAAUUGACUGGUAUCUAUUUUGGGUUCGAUUCAGGACAUAAAGCAAGAUCAUGACAUAGAACCGAGGACUCAGGUGAAAUCGGAUGCAAUUUCUCCGAUAAGAGAAGAGGACAACGUGCAUAAUGAGAAUCGAAACAGUGACAUGCCUGAUGAAGUGGUGCGACUUACAGCUGAAAACCUCUCGAGGAAAGAGUCCGUGAAGGAUGACGGCAUUUGGCCAGUUUGCAUGGAUUUUGGUGGUCAAGCCAUUUACCGUGCCAUUCAUCCUAUUCUCGUUUCGCGUGAAGCAGUUUAUCUGCUGGUGGUGGAUCUUACCAAGGAUCUUUCUGCCCUAGCCCAAUGUUUGGUGAAAGAGCCUGGUUACGACGAAGUUAAAAUUCCGUCUCCUGACAAGAAUGACACAAACCUAGAUCACAUUAUGAGGUGGAUGGACAUGGUGAAUUCCUUCAAACACGAAAAGAAUGGCGAAGUAUUACCACCUGUCAUUUUGGUUGGAACACAUGCCGACCAUGUGCAAGGAGACCCCGGAAUCGUGAUUACGAGUGUAAAGGACAUCAUUUGUGACACAGUAAGAGAGUUCAGUGAACACAUAAUCGGAAAAACAUUUGCAGUGAACAACACUCUUGCUGGUAGUAAACCAGAGGAAGAAGAUCUCCAAGUUGUUGCCUUACGGAAAGAGAUUCUGAAGGUUGCAGAUACCAUGCCACAUACAAAAGUUGAGGUUCCUUUGAAGUGGCUCCAAGUGGAAAAUGAAGUUCGUAAGCUAGCAAGCGCGGGGACAAAUUAUGUCACAAGGCAAGACUUCCGAAAGAAUAUCUGUGACCAAAUUUGCAAAUUUGAGGUCGAAGGUGACUAUGAAGUACUUUUACACUUUUUGCACGAUCGUGGCACAGUGGUUUAUCAUGGUAGAGCGGACGAUCCGCGAAGUCUGGUUGUUUUGAAUCCAAAGUGGUUGAUUGAUGUUUUGUGUCAGAUAAUAACGGUUGAAAAACAGAAAGAAGAGAAAACUGUCAUUUCAAAUUUCCGCAAAGAUCUUGGCAAGUACGGCAUUCUUGAUGCAAAACUGCUUGAUUACUCUUGCACAAAACUGGGCGUUGGCGACAUCAAGGAGUCUUUACUUUUCCUCAUGAAGAAGUUCAACCUUCUUUGUGAAUAUACGGGAAAAGAUGGCAGUUCCGUGUAUCUUGUUCCGUGCAUGCUGACCUCCACACCUGACGAUGCAUUUAUGCCGGACGUUUCUGUUAAUCCAGGCCUUGCACCCGUUUAUGUCACAUUCACCACUCAGUACGUCCCUGGUGGUCUCUUUUCAAGAAUGGUUGUCCUUUUCUUCGAAUCUAUACAAAGACGAAUUGCGUGUGAUCAGGCAAAGCUGUGGGCUAACGUAGCUCGUUUCUAUUUGGGAGAUCAGACUGCAGUUGAUUUUGUUUGCUACAAGCGUGUGAUCAAAGUACACGUAUGGAAUUUCACCGAUCCAAGUAUGGACCCUGUCAAGACCGAGCCAAAAGUUUGCUCAGAGGUCUUAAGGUAGGUGCACGUAAGUGAGUCAUUCUAUUAUAGGGUGGGAACUUUUACAUGAAUUAUUAGUUCGUGUAAUCGGAAGUGGUUUUUGAUGCGAUGUGAAUUGAUCCGACAAGUUUGGUUUGCUUAUAACAUCGUUAACCCUUUGAUAGUGUAAUGAUUGUCAUAGUCAAGAUGUUGUUUGAAAGGAGGCUACGGUUUACUUCAUUUCUCUCAGGUGAACAUUGUGUACAUUACGAACUUUCCGGACAUUAACGUAUGCACGUGAAAGAUUUGUAAGAAAAUAUAUCAACCUCUUUGACAAAAGUCUCUCCCUCUCUUUUAGCUUUUUGAAGACAAGUUUGGAGAGGCUGCACGAGGAGUGUCAUUGGCUGCAAACAGUAUCAUGGGAUCUCUGCGCUAGAUGCAAUUUGUGUCCACGCGAGUUUGUUCAUGGAACCGGAAAGUGUUAUUGGCAUGCGGAAGUAGAAUGUUGCCACGAUGAUUGUGCGCAUUAUGUUUCCUCGACAAGGAAGCCUUUCGUUUGCACGCGUACACAGGGUCCAAAGUUUUGUCCGCCCAAGACUUGGAGUCAGGUAAAGCCAAUUCAAGUUCCUUGCGAUCAGGUUUUCGUUGUAUUUAACCUGCGAAGGGGAUACGAAUCAGGUUUGGUCAGACCUUGAUAUGACACUGAGCGGCCUAAAGACUGGAAAAUGAUAUCAUUCAAAACGUCGAAGAAAUACGUUCCUUUUGCCUCCUAUUUGACGUUCCAGUUGAUCUCAGGACUCUCAGGACUUUGCCCGAAAGCAUUUUUGUCCCUAUAGUUGCCGGAUUUCCCCUUUGUAUGAUUAUUUGGAGAAUACUAACACUAUGAGUAAUUUAUUUGACUUCAGGUCUUGGACGAUGCCAAUGGUAAAAACCACAGUGGUCUGUCUUUACAAAGCUUUCCUCCGACUGAGGGUAACUAAUUAUAACUAAUUUUACUUGAAACGUGCGCAAAGUUUGAUAAAACUUUUUCUUGGUUGUCCUACGUUUGUCACAAAAACUCAACAUUUUCUGACCAAGAAGAAAAAUUUAUGUUUUCAUUGCCCCUGUCGUCAUUAGGACAAGCCAACGAAGUAAUUUGAUACCUUAUGGCCGACAAUGUUAAAUUGAACGCAACGAAACAAGCUCAUUUUCCCGAAAAAUAAAAUAAUAUCUGGACUAAAAAAUGAAAUUAUAGCCUUGAGUGUUUUUCAAAACUCGCUAACUCCGUGGGCCACAUAUGUUUGCCUUUACCAGGCUCUCAAUCAGUGGGGAGGAGUGAAAGAGCUGGCGAGCGAAAAACAGGUUUCGUGACCCUCGCUCUUUUUGGGUGCCUGCUUUUUUUUUCUCGUUGCCGUUAACCGAGAGACUUGCUAAGUAAUGUUGAAGAAUGAAACAGAAUUGAUGGUUUCUUUGUAUUCCUCAGCGGUCUCUUCUUUGGCGCAAUGCAGUUCUGUUCAUUUCGGAAAGCGAGUACUACCGUACCAGACUGCGCAAUCAGUGGUUCCUGCUGAGAUUGCUCGCACAGGUAACAAAUGUCACAUUUUAAGGUCGCGAUGUUACAGAAGAACAUCGUAAUUGGUUCAGGCACUUAAGAGACUGAGUUCAAUUCGAAGAUCUCCGAAUCAUUGCCUCCCCUCGAGCACCCCUGCUAUCAGGUCAAAUUUAUUUAAAUGUCCAACCUCGAAUGAACGCCCCCCUAAUAUUUUAAGAAGCCCCUCCCUUCCUACCCCCCCUUUUACUUAAAGAGUUCUUUUGCCUCCAUAGCUUUGAUUUUUUUCCAUUGUUUCCUCGUUUAACCAAGAUUCAACGCGGCCAAGUUUGAAUCCAAUCAUACACUUUUUAUUUGCAGAUUUCGAUAGACCAGAGACAAACCAAGAACGGGAGACGUUCAUUCCCGAGGAAGUGUCUCUAGCAGGUAUGUUAAAUAUACUCUUAUCAAAUUCUGGUUUUUCAUUCUUCUACUGCGCUUUUUUUGUGAUAUUUCUUUCAAUACUCGUAGGAAAAAAAUUGAAAGAAGGCACUCUAUGUAGUGAUGAUCACCAGGGACUGUCGAACUCCAUCUCAAAAGACUGGAAGAAGCUUGGACGCCAGCUGGGUAUUCUCGAGGAAGACCUAGAUGAAAUCGAUGAAGAGGGACAUAAUUUGUAUGAGAAGGCUUAUCAAAUGUUACGGUUGUGGAAGGGAAAAAACGCUUCGAAUGCCACGUAUCGUGCUCUGUGCCAAGCAUUGUGCCACGAGUAUUUAAAUCGAAGAGACUUAGCUGAAAGAUUUUGCUUUCGCUAAGAAUACUAUCCUCGUUAUGAGAGUGACUGAUAAUUAGGAAAUGGACUUCUUUCUCACCAGCGGAAGCUAUGUUUAUAACUUCGUGUAUGUAAUAAAGGGCUUUCAUUGACUUUACCAUGGUAAGCUGAAUUGUACACGCGUUUUGAUUACUUUUAAUCUAUUGAAGGAUUGAUGUAAAGAUGACGUCAUCAUUACAAAGAUAUGUUAUUUUAUUAUUGUAUGAUGUAAAUAGAUUCCAUGUUACCGCGGGUCUGUACAGUAAAAGAUCAAAGAAGACGUCAAUAUGUGGUAAGAACAUCAGUGACAAACUCAGCUACCAUAUCAUGACGUCAUCUGUCAUCUGUAACUUAUCAGACGCACAGCGAGUGAUUAUAAUUAGAAUUAUACGGAUGUUUUUCCAUUUAUUUGUAGCCUCAAAUUUUUCAGUAUCAUUUACCCAAUUUAAUUUUUUUGAGCUUGGAAUGUAAAUCAAUAACACUUAAAAAUAGAUGUUGUUUACUAUAAAACCUGUGUAAAACUUCACUGACAAAUUUAAUAGUGUAAAUAUUUAUUACGCAAUGUAAAUAUACGUUAAAGAGUUUCGAACCAUAUGGGAAAAACUCAGUUUUGCUGUGCAGUAAAAUUUGUCAGUUAGCGACAACCAUGGUUCAACGCAAGUGCAUGUAGUGGUGAAAAGUAGUAGGUAUAAUGCGCGUUAAUUAGCGUUGAAGCGCACGGAAAACUCUACAGUUUUUUCAAUAACCUUUUUUAAAUCUACAAC